GUUGGUCACAUGAUCAGCUCUCCUGGGUCAUGUGACUUCGUGACGUAGCGUGUUUGCCUAACCUGCUUUCAUGCUGCCUCCUCCUCCUCCUGUCUGUUUUCAUGCCCAUCCUUAGUUUAGAGGCGGUUUGACGGUUUGAAACACGGGGAGUAUCACAUGAGAGCUGUGAGGUAAGAAGAUAUAACUGUCGCCCACCAAAGCAGCCCUGUUGAAGCUAGAUGAACAGUGAAAACUUCAGCCUGAGUGAGAAGAUAGUGUCGCCCUCCUAUAUUCGACAGGGGAGCCAGGCGCGUCGUAGCCAUGAGCAGCUCAUCAGACACUUACUGGAGCAGGGUAAGUGUCCGGAGGAGGGAUGGAAUGAAAGCACCAUAGAGCUCUUCCUGAAUGAGCUGGCUGUGAUGGACAGCAAUAACUUCCUCGGCAACUGUGGUGUAGGGGAGAGGGAAGGUCGGGUGGCAUCCAGCCUUGUGGCAAGACGACAUUACAGGUUGAUCCAUGGCAUAGGUCGGUCAGGUGACAUUGCCGCUAUUCAGCCCAAAGCUGCAGGAUCCAGUCUGCUUAACAAGCUGACCAAUUCUGUUGUGUUGGACAUCUUAAAGCUCUCAGGUGUCCGGAGUGUGGCAAGCUGCUUUGUAGUUCCCUUGGCAACAGGAAUGAGCUUGACUCUUUGCUUCCUCACCCUUCGUCAUCAGAGACCCAAGGCUUGCUACAUCAUUUGGCCUCGCAUCGACCAGAAAUCCUGUUUCAAAGCCAUGAUCACAGCAGGCUUUGAACCAGUGGUGGUGGAGAAUGUCCUUGAGGGUGAUGAGUUGCGGACAGACUUGGAAGCAGUUGAGUGCAAGAUCAAGGAGCUCGGAGCCGAAAACAUCCUGUGUGUUCAUUCAACAACGUCCUGCUUUGCCCCGCGGGUCCCUGACAGGCUUGAGGAGCUGGCCGCUGUGUGUGCCAAAUAUAACAUUCCCCACAUAGUAAACAAUGCAUACGGAGUUCAGUCGUCCAAAUGCAUGCACCUUAUACAACAGGGGGCUCGUGUUGGAAGAAUUGAUGCCUUUGUACAGAGCUUGGACAAGAACUUUAUGGUUCCUGUAGGUGGCGCCAUAAUCGCAGGUUUUGAUGAGUCCUUCAUACAGGAGAUAAGCAAGAUGUACCCAGGUCGAGCAUCGGCCUCACCUUCCCUUGACGUCCUCAUUACCCUUCUCACUCUGGGAGCCAGCGGCUACAAGAAACUCCUGUCAGAAAGAAAAGAGAUUUAUUCGUUCCUGGCUCAGGAGCUGAAGAGUCUGGCCUCUGCACACGGAGAGAGAUUGCUUCACACCCCACAUAACCCCAUUUCACUGGCCAUGUCUCUGGAUGUUCUCCAGGCCGAGAGCGACAAGGCAGUGACUCAGCUGGGCUCCAUGUUGUUCACCCGGCAAGUGUCAGGAGCCAGGGUAAUACCGCUCGGCAAGGAGCAGACCAUAAGCGGACACACGUUCCGCGGCUUUAUGUCACACUCGGAGGCGUACCCCUGUCCUUACCUCAAUGCUGCCUCAGCUGUGGGUAUCACUCGUGAAGACGUGACACUGUGCAUGAAAAGGCUUGACAAGUGCCUGAAGACCCUGAAGAAAGAGGGAAAUGCUGCGAAAAGUAGUUCCCCAGUACUUCCAUCGUGCCAGGAGGACACUACUGGAUAAUGACUGAGCUGAAAUAAGAACAUUUUAACAGACAAAGUAGACAAAGUGAUUUCUGCUUGGUUUCAGCCCUCUGCUGCCUGCACUUACUUCUUACCUGAUGUGUGUGUGUGUGUGUGUGUGUGUGUGUGUUUUGAAUGGCACUUGCUGAUCGAUUUUCAAUCCAGACAUUGACUUAAACUCUGCAGCAACAGCUGGCGAUGAAACUGGAUGCAGGUGUUCAUUACAAACAAAAAUGACGGCUGAUUAAUCCUCUGUGAAGGUGUGCUAAUAAGUAGAUAUUGUAAGGACACAAGCUGCAUGCAAAUCCUUCUCGAGCAUAUGGUUGUUCACUACUGAUCUAAAAUUAGACCAAAGCGUCUGCAAAGAUGUAUAUGUUGAAAAUGCUUUACUUUGUUAUGGAUUUUGGACUCAAAAUAGGUUAUGGAUCUACCAUUUACAAUGGCCUUUACUUCCUGUGUGUCAUUUUUCUCAACUAAAGCCAUCUAAAGCCUCCACAGUGCCAUUAUUGGAUGAAAUAUUCUGUUAAUUAGCCAGGUGUUUAGUUUGAAAACAAGGCUAGAAUUCUGUUUUGGGAAAACAUUAGGAUUUUCCACUCAUUGAUAUAUGAAAUGAUAUAGCUUUAUAAUGUAUGUUGUGCCAUUUCCUUUAGCAAAGGAAAUGUUCACUGUUAGUCUCAGUAAGCAUUGUAUGUAACAUUACCAAUUUAAGAGAUAUGUACAGUAGCUAACUGUUCUACUGUGUUCUAAUGUUAUACAGCGUAGGAUGAAUUUGGAUCAUCAUUGGUCAGUUAGAAUUUCACCAGGGGAAUUGACCUUUAAUCACUCAAGUCUUCUCCCAUGUUUGCAAAUUUCAGCAGUUUUCCAAAGUAUUUUGUCUUAUUCCCUCUGCUCAUUAGGAAGCAGAGCAGGUAGUGCCCUGAGGCACAAAAAUAGACUCCUACUAAAGCCUCACUGACUGACUGACUAAUCUAUAUUUCGAUACCGCACUGUCCCAAGUUCUUCCUGUGCCCUCCACUUCAUCUGCUACGGAUUAUCAGGGUCGAUUGCUCUUUGAAAAGCUUCGGACAUGUGAAGUAGAUGUCACUGCAUGUGGAUCUGGAGUUCAGACACUGCAAUAUACAGUCAGCACGUGCUGGUUUUUCAACUACAAUUAGUAAUGCAGGUCUGAAUGCAUGUGUAGCAACAGCAACAGCAGAAGCAAUCCACCAAGCAGCCUUUGGAAGUGGGCUGGAGUCAGAUGGAUAAGGGUGCUGUAUCAGCACUCUUCUACUGUUCCCAGGCUGUACUAAACUAUUAACAAAAUAUAGUGGAAAAACACUGUGCACUGUGACAGUGCUGGUACAGUGCAGCACUCUGAAAAGCAGAAUUAAGAAUUAAUCAGCAGUAGAGGAUUUGACUGAUUCUGCGUGUGGAGCGCUACAUUUGGUUUACAGGAACGAAGCUGGCUGCCUCCUGAUAUGCAGAGCUGUUGAGCAAAUGUUGUUUUCCUGUCCAGAGAGAGAGAUGCUUUGUCUUUUUGUCUUUCUUUUCUCUCUCCAUUCCUUGUCACCAGUUUGCUAGGUUUUCUCAUCUUUUGCUGAUGUUGCAGAGAUGCUGGCCAGUUUUAAAGGACCCCCCUCUAUUGAUCGAGUGCUGCAGUGUGUAAAUCAGAACAGGGCUGAGAAACUUGCACAAGGCAUCGCAGUCUUUUUUCUUUUUUUUUUAUGCAAUCCAGUUAUCAUUGUGAUUGUGUCAAGCAUUGCAAAAAGGAAACCGCUCUGGCAUAUAAAACAGUAAAGAUUAUGGUUAGAACAGGCCACAUUAUGACCCAAGUAUGUUAGCUUAUCCAUCAGCAUUUAAGUGUUUUCUCAAUCUUAAAAUGGCAAAAGACACUUGCAGCCUCUUGUUUCCCUUAAACCCAAAAGAUUGUUUACCUUCAUUCCUCCUCACCAAAAUAGACUGCCUUUCAAAAUAUUCCUCCUGAAUCUGCACGCCACACGCUCAAUCAUAAGUCUAAGUACCCCAGGGAUGCUGCUGGAUGACAAAUGGCCCUUCGCUCCCGGCUCUCAGUAGCUGCCAGGCAGAGUUCAGUGAUAAUGGAGUGCCAGAGUGGCACGAAUAGGGCCAUAGAUUAACAGACUGUUACCAAAAGGGCCACAGUUUACCAACAAAAUUUGUCGUCUCAGCUUCUGAGUUACAUAAUAGUAUUGGCCUGGGCCAGUAUUUAUCUUACAGCAAAGAAAGAGUAACCUCAGUGAUCACAUGAUUAAACAUGUGUCCAAGCAGGAAUAGCCAAUCAAGUAGGCGUUUGUUCAUUCUUUAAAAAAAAAAAACAAUCUGCAAAACAUAUAUAAUUAGAAUUUUUUUUUAAGCUAGAAAAUUGUCUGAAAUGGAAACAAAAAGAAAAGCAAACUGGAGAACAGAGCACCACGUUGACAAGUAAAAUAAAGUAUAUAAAUUAAUAAGAUAAAAUUGAAAACAUGUAAAAGUUCAAAUUAAGUUUAUGCAUGUUUGAUUUAAAAAAAAAAAUUAAUCAUCUUGUCAAAACCAAAUUCAGGGCAUAUAUGCAUAAUCAAACUAAAUUUGGGCCCUAAAUUGCAUCUCGUUUAUGUAGCAGCCAAAGAGUCUAAGGGUGCGUUAAGCUGGUAUUCUUCCUCUGGCUAGUGACGUUGGCAGAUUCAGAAAUAUUCUAGAGGAAAACAGAUUAUGUGAACUUUGUGAUUUGGGAAAGUGGAAAGUGAGUCCCAUAUUUUUUUGUGUGUGAUACAGAUGAACAACUGGAAUACUUUUUUUUUUUUUUUUUUUUACUUUUGAGAUGUGUAAAUUUGCUAAUUUUGUCUCAAAAUCCUGGAAAAGAAGGCAAGAUCGAUUAUAGAAUUAGUAUUUAUUCUUGUUUUAGGUAGACAAUGAAGGUGUGAUGAUUUGAUUGUGACAAUUACUUGAAUUCGCUUUCUUUUUUUUGUACUAUUGUUUUAAAAGUGUAUAUGCUGCAUUCUGGAUCUGGUUUAUAUGAAUUUGUGGUGUCUUGUAAUCCCAUGUGGGCUGUGCAUAGAUUUGCAUGACACAAUAAUAAAAAAACUCAUUCUUUCA